GAAUUUUUCAAUGCAGUUGUUGGUUCAGAGUCAUGCAAAAAGCUUAGUCCAAUUUUUGCUAAAAAUGCCAAUGUAAAUGGCACAACACUUCACAAUAGCAAGCUGUGUUUUGUAAGCAACAUCAAAAGAAGUGGAUACUAUCAUUCCAGUUGCCAUGGUUUAGAUGAAACUCCAAUCACAGAGAAGAACAUGACAUUCAUUGGUACCCAAGUCAGGAAUCAUGAAGCUGAUGGUCCAACUGCUCACUAUAUUGGUAUUGAUGACAGCAAACCCUUCCCUCUACCUUACCUUGGGAUUUGCAUGAGUCUUGGAAGAAGUUGUUGGUUGAUGGCUGUUGAAAAAGAAAAUGGCAUUCUAUGGUGUGGACAUAAAGCAAGUAAUGAGUGGAUCCAACAGUGCAAGGAGAUUGUAAAGAAUAUGGAACCCUUACAGUAUAAUCAAGGUGAGAAAGAAAAACGCAAAAGGGCAUAG